GGGAGCUCAUUCUUUCCUCUCCCCACUGUGCGGCCACAGUGACUAUCCUCCAUGGUGACGAUUUAGGGGUGUGAUGGGGGAGAGGCAGAAGGGCUUGUGUUUUAUAAGAGCCCAGAUCCAAACUUGAAUGAUCAGAAAGACAGAGAGAACUUCGUUAAUUCGUGAAGCCAUGAACGUACACACCUCGCCUGCUGAGUGAGCAAGACUGGAUGAUUCAGUGCUAACUACUCAAGCAAGCCGAGAUUAUUUUCCGUGAGCGAUUCGGAUCGUAUAAGUUUGUGCUAAGAGAUACUACACUCAGCCAUUGAAGAACAAAGCCAAGGUGUAAUUUUGAAGAUGAGAUUCAGCCUGGUGUUAGCUGCGCUUCUCUGCUUCAGCACAUGGAUGAGCAUGGUCCAUGCAAUCCAUGGACCGCUGUCAAGCUGUUGUAUGCAGUGGUCCAAAACCAGAGUCCCAGUUGAACGAAUUAUGGAUUACACCGUUCAGUCUGAAGGUGUCUGUCCAAUCACAGCCAUAAUUUUUCAGACAAAGUUUGGAAAGAGACUCUGCUCCGACCCGAACAAUAAGUGGGCAAAAAAAGCCAUUCUGAAGGUGGAUGUGGAGAAAAAAGCAUUGCUAGAGAACAGACAGAAUGAAGACGGAUCAACAAGCAACAUCACACCAACAGUGUCUACUACAUCAAAAAACGCACCACAGAAGAAAGGCAGAAAUGGAAGCAGGCGGCAGAGGAAAAAGUCCAGGAGAGGGAGGAAGGGGCAGAGAAAACGUGUCUGAAGAAUCACAAGACAAAUCAAAGUUACCACAGACAGCAAACAUUAUUCUUUCCAAUUGGACUUUUCCUGAUAUAUCGCAUCAACAGUUAACAAACCUGAAACAAAACAGACUUUUAUAUAUUAUUAUAUUGUAUUGAUGAUUAAAUAUGCAAAAUAUACAUUUUGAUAUAUGUUUAACAUAGCUUGUUGUUAUAAAUGUGUGUAUGUACCUUUCCCAGUCAGUUGCCAAUAAAGUCUUUUUUAGCAAA